AUGCCCAAAGCGGUGCUGCCGGGACACCGGGGGAGCCCGCGGCGCUCGGCGCUGGGUGCUUUUCCUUUGGGCCAAGCUUCCCCAGGAAGAGACAGGACUCUCAGUCAUUUCAGCCCCAGUGGGAAGAAGUUCCGGAGCAAGCCGCAGCUGGCGCGUUACCUGGGCAGCUCCAUGGACCUGGGCACCUUUGACUUCCGCACGGGGAAAAUGCUGAUGAACAAAAUGAACAAGAACAGGCAGAGGAUGCGCUACGACUGCUCCAACCAAGCCAAAGGCAAGCCUGAUUUGAACACAGCCCUGCCUGUGAGGCAGACAGCCUCUAUCUUCAAACAGCCUGUCACAAAGAUCACUAACCACCCCAGCAACAAGGUGAAGAGUGACCCCCAGAAAGCUGUGGACCAGCCCAGGCAGCUCUUUUGGGAGAAGAAGUUGAGUGGACUGAAUGCCUUUGACAUUGCAGAGGAGCUGGUGAAGACAAUGGACCUUCCCAAAGGGUUGCAAGGGGUUGGUCCGGGCUGCACAGACGAGACUCUGCUCUCUGCCAUCGCCAGUGCCCUGCACACCAGUACCAUGCCCAUCACUGGCCAGCUCUCUGCAGCUGUGGAGAAGAACCCUGGGGUGUGGCUGAACACCUCCCAGCCUCUCUGCAAAGCCUUCAUGGUGACAGAUGAAGAUAUCAGAAAGCAGGAGGAGCUGGUGCAGCAGGUGAGGAAGAGGCUGGAGGAGGCUCUGAUGGCUGACAUGCUGGCCCAUGUGGAGGAGAUCGCCAGGGAUGGAGAGCCUCCCUCAGAGAAGGAAGGAGCAGAGGAGGAAGGAGAAGAAGAAGAGGAAGAGGAGGAGCAGGACCAUGACCAGGAGAUGGAAAAUGUAUAGUCCAGGGAGUUCCAUCUAAGAAUUCCCAGUAUAAACCCACUCAGCAGGGUCAGCACAACCAUUCACAGAGCCAGGAGUGUACCACCAGUCCAACUGUACCCCAGAGCCUUUGGAUGGACUUCAGGAAAUGUGGAAGC